UUGUAGUAUAUUGCAAGGUUCCCGCCAUGGCGUCACUGACGACGUAUUCAGCCCUCUCAGCUUCUAAACGAGUAAGAAGUCACUUGACCAAAAAAAAUAUAAGUAUCGUUAUCAAUUGUGUAUAACCAGAAAUUUUACUAUCUAAGUUAAAAUGGGUUUGCUAUCAUAGAAUCGGGAAUCGAAAGCGGGCUGGACUAGUCAAGAUAUACGAAGGAGGAAACAAAAUAAGAAAUAUAUAUAAAAUGUCUCUAAGCGACCAUCCAAAAGCCUACGGCACCGCCGCCGUAGCCGUCGCAUUCACCGCCGGGGUCUUCGUCACCCUCGGCUUUAAAGACCUGUACCCAGACUUAGAGCGGCGGUUUCAGCAGCGGGGUACACGGCGGAUCCCACGCGGCGGUGGCGGCGGCGACACCCGCAGAUCAAGUCUAUUCUGGGGUGGUCCCGUCGAGCUCAAAGAUCACGACUUACCAGAGAUCAUGGUCCCACGUGAUGAGGGUGUCAGCGACGGCAUUGAGGGGUGCAUCGGGCGGACGCCGUUAAUCCGGAUCCAUAGCCUCUCCGAGGCCACGGGGCGCACUAUCCUAGCCAAGGCCGAGUUCCUCAACGGAGCCGGCAAUAGUCCUAAGGAUAGGGUUGCGCUUAACAUGAUCCAAGUCGCUGAGGAGGAAGGAUUCCUAAAGCCCGGGCGUGGGGAUACUAUCUAUGAGGGUACCGUUGGAAGCACGGGGAUUAGCAUUGCGGCGCUGGCACGUGCCAAGGGAUACCGCGCGCAUAUCUGCAUGCCAGAUGACCAGGCUCGUGAGAAAUCAGAUCUACUACACCACUUAGGUGCGACAGUCGAGCGCGUUCCCGUGCAGCCUAUUACGUCCCCCGAGCACUUCGUGAACCUAGCGCGGCGCCGGGCAGCAGAUCACACAAACUCCAGCGCCGACUCCAGCGUCGGCUUCUUCGCAGACCAAUUCGAGUCUCCCUCUAACUGGCAAGCGCACUUCAAAACCACCGGCCCAGAGAUCUACGCGCAGACACACGGACACGUCGACGCCUGGGUAGCGGGCGCUGGUACAGGGGGUACCAUCUCGGGGGUGGCCAAGUACCUAAAAGAAGAAGCCAAGCUCAAAAAGCUAAAGGUAGUGCUAGCAGAUCCGCAGGGCAGCGGUCUAUACAACAAGAUCCGACAUGGAGUCAUGUACUCGAGCACGGAGAAAGAGGGCACACGGCGACGACAGCAAGUCGAUACGAUAGUAGAGGGCGUGGGAAUCAACCGGAUCACGGAGAACUUCGAGGCCGGGCGGGACCUGAUCGACACGGCGGUGCGGGUGACGGACGAGCAGGCAUGUAAGAUGGCGCGGUGGCUAGUCGAAAACGACGGAAUUUUCUGCGGCAGUAGCAGUGCCGUAAACUGCGUUGCUGCUGUCGUAACGGCGCUCUCGCUCCCUAAAGGUAGCCAAGUCGUCACCGUGCUAUGCGAUUCCGGAACGAGGCACUUGAGCAAGUUCUGGAAGCAGAUCGCGGAAAUGGGUCUGGAAGACGAGCAUAAGCCGGAUAAUUUAUUGACUCUGCUAGGCAUCGAGGAGCCAAGGUGAGGGGGAUAUAUCUAUUUAUGGUACCGGCCGAUACGGGCCUAGGUUACAAAGUACAUGGGAUUACUAGCUUCUUGUUGGGCGAAUUCCCGAUCGAUGUCAUUGAUCUAUGGUACAGCAGGUUGCCUAGCAUCUAAGCCACUUGGUAAGGGGGAACAUAUUACGUUAGCAAACAAAGCCAGCCCUCAAUCUCGGAACCGCGCUGAGUUAUAAAAACAAAAAUUUAACUUCUUCCGGCCUGG